CGCUGACAAAAGCGGAAAUGACGUAGCGUCAAACUUGCGCACUGCUCCACGUGUGAGAGCAGAAAAAGCACAUUGGCAGAUCUACAGCUCCACCAUGAAGCGACCAAAGUUAAAGAAAGCAAGCAAGCGGGUGUCAUGCUCCAAACGCUAUAAAAUACAGAAAAAGGUCAAGGAUCACACCAGAAAACUAAGAAAAGAGUUAAAGAAGAAAGGAGGAGCAAGCAAAAGGCCUAAGAAGGAUCUCGGCGUGCCCAACAGCGCUCCCUUCAAAGAGGAGGUCCUCCGCGAGGCCGAGCAGAGGAGGCAAGAGAUUGACGAAAUAAAAGACAAAAAAAAACAAGCAAAAAAAGUGGAGCGGGCCCAGAAGAGAAAAAGGGAGAAAGUUACCGGGAAAAAAGAAACGGAACCCAAAGCCAAGAAGCCUCUACAGGAAGUGGUUGUCGAACAGCCAGAGAAAGAGCCCGGCCCAGACAAGGGCUCAAAACAGUACCUUUGCUCUGAAUUAAAUAAGGUAAUUGAUGCAUCUGAUGUAGUAAUAGAAGUGCUUGAUGCACGUGAUCCAAUGGGGUGCCGGUGUCCACAGCUGGAGGAGGCGGUGCUGCAGAGGGGAGGCAACAAGAAACUGCUGUUGGUUUUAAGCAAAAUAGAUCUGGUACCAAAGGAAAAUGUGGAGAAGUGGAUCCAGUGCUUACAGCUGGAGUUUCCAGUUGUGGCGUUCAAAGCAUCACAACAGAUCCAGGACAAAACAGUGCGAGCCAGGAAGAGCAGGAUAGUAGCCUCCAAUGAAGUCCUGGACAGAUCCCGAGCAGCAGCCUGCUCUGGAAACGGCUGUCUCAGCGAAUUCCUGUCAAAUUAUGCUACUAAAACAGAGAAUGAGGCUCAACUCAAAGUGGGCGUAGUAGGUUUUCCUAAUGUGGGAAAAAGCAGUCUCAUCAACAGUAUGAAGGGGAUCCUCGCAUGCAAUGCUGGAGUCAAGAGAGGCAUCACAAAAUCCAUGCAGGAGGUGCACAUCCUGAAGAACGUGAAGCUAAUAGACAGCCCUGGCAUCAUGGCGGCGCCGUCCAACCCGCCAGCCUCCAUGGCUCUGAGGAGCCUGCAGGUGGAGGAGGGGGGUGUCAGCGCGCAUGAGGCGGUCCGGACUCUGCUCAAACAGUGUGACCACAGCCAGAUCAUGCUUCAAUAUAAUGUCCCCGACUUCAGAAACUCCCUGGAGUUUUUGACGUUGUUGGCCAAGAAGCGUGGAUAUCUUCAGAAGGGGGGGAUCCCCAACGCAGAGCAGGCGUCCACGGCUUUCCUCGAUGACUGGACAGGAGCUAAGCUAAGCUAUCACUGCAAGGCAUCGGAGAACCACGACCUCCCAGCCUACAUGUCCGCUGCUGUUGUGGCUGAGAUGCAGACCGGCUGGGAUCUGAACAGUCUAAAAACAGGCAACGAGGGAACUCUGAAAGAUGUAAGAUGUCCAAGCCAAGCCGGCAGUAUAGGCUUAACUUCUAAGGGCCCGACUGCAGGCCUACUGAGGGUUGAGGACGUCACUGAGGAAAAACCCCUGCUGAGAGUUGUUGAAAUCUCUGUAAGAAAACCUGCUGAUGCAUCCUCAGAGAGAGCAGAGCAGAAUGAUGAGAAUCAGCCUGAACAGACUCCAGAGGAGGCAAAUGGGACACAAGCAGAGGAGCCUCCUAUUAAAAGAAACCCAGGCCGUGUGCAGUUUGAGUCUGUCCCCGUAGACAUGAGCGUCUCUGCGGCUUCAACAGGAGACGCCUAUGACUUCAACACAGACUUUAACUGAGCUCUGCCUUCUUUGUGUGGAAGACAUGCAGACCUUGAUAUGUCGGCAUUCAAGGACAAGCUGACUGCAAGGCGGACUGUUGGGGUGCCUUUGACCACAAAAUGUCAGGCAAAGUUGAUUCAGAAUGAUUUUGAAGUUUACGUGGUUUUGCCCCUUCAAUUCUGAAUCUGGAAGAAACUGGGACCGUGUCCAGAUGAGGACUGACCUUCUUUCAGUUGUUUAGGACAAACGACUGCCCAGCAAAUAGACGAAAAUAUUCCCACACGCGUUCUCCCAGAUGUUGUCUUAAAUGUCCAGAGGUCAUUUGUAAUAAUAUUCAUGCUAAAUAUUGUAUAUAGACGAUGUACUAUAAAUGUAAUAAACCCUUUACAAAGCCUA